AUGGAUCUUAGAGUAGUUGACACUUCAGUUCUUUUACGAAAACGUAAAAGAAAUGAAGAAGAAGAGGCAAAAUUGCAGGAGCAAAUUACAUUCAUUGUUGCUAGUGUCGUUGCUAUGCUUUUAGGUGUAGUAGCUUGUGGCAAUGUUUUUCACAUCCUUGCUCACAACCUAAAGUACAGAGUAGUGCACUUUACCUAUUAUAGAUCCAAAGAAACAAUAAGUAGGCAAUUCAACAAUGUCCUACGAGCUGUGAUGAAAGUGAGUGGGGAAUAUUUGAAGUUUCAAGACCAUAAUAAUCUAGAGGGCUCUGAGGCAUACAAAUGGAGAUGGUUUCAGAAUUCGAUUGGAGCACUUGAUGGGACACAUAUUCCAGUAACAGUGGCAGCAGAAGAUAAACCUAGAUACCGUAAUAGAAAGGGUGACAUCUCUACGAAUGUGUUAGGGAUUUGUGGUCCAGAUUUAAAGUUUAUUUACGUGUUACCUGGUUGGGAAGGCUCGGCAGGAGAUUCACGAGUAUUGCGAGAUGCUUUACGUCGUCAAAAUCACCUUCAAAUUCCGAAUGGUAAAUACUUUCUGGUCGACGCAGGAUAUACAAAUGGCCCAGGAUUUUUAGCACCUUAUCGAGGGACUAGAUAUCAUCUCAAUGAGUGGAUUGAAAACACCCCUCAAAACUACAAGGAGUUGUUCAAUCUCCGUCAUGCAAGUGCAAGGAAUGUAAUUGAAAGAUCAUUUGGGAUAUUGAAAAAACGAUGGAGUAAAUUAAGAACUCCAUCUUUUUUUGAUAUAAAAACACAAAUAAGAAUGAUUAACGCUUGUUUCGUACUGCACAAUUUUAUAAGAGAUGAGCAACAAUAUGACCCAAUUUUAGAGGUCCAAGACUUGGAGCUUUUAUCGGUUGUUGAUGAAGAGUUAACCAGUCAACAUGGGGAAACAAUUACAAGUAAUGUUGCAAAUGAGGUCACAACUAUUCAAGUAUCUGAGGCAUGGACAACGUUUCGGGACACUUUAGCAAUGGAUAUUUGCUUUGUUCUGUUGUGUGUGUUGGCUCACUUGGAAGAGCCUUGUUUCCAAGGUUACAACUGGACCAGAGACUUGGACAGUGAGGAGCUAUUGGAACAGUUGCUAUAUUGA